AAUUUCACAAAAGAAAUUUCCAUUGACUAUUCACGUUUCCGCUCAUAAUUACGACGACAAUUUGGAAAAUUUAAACGACUACUCCAAUAUACAUUUGGUGCGUGACAUGGGAAUAGGCAUUAUCAACUCGUAUUCUACUCAGGAAAUCCACGACAUCGCGCUGAUCACUCAUCUAGUUUCGAUAUCAACGAAAUCUCCAUAUUUACAUAUUUUCGACGGGGUGAAAACAGCUCAUGAGUUUUCUGGAAGAUUAUCUCGGCCGUCAACAAGUGACGUCGUGGAUAUAUUUGAGAAAGUUGCAAGCAAGGUUGGGAAAGUUAUUGGACGUCAGUAUCAUGCCUUUGAAUAUGUAGGUUCACCUAAGGCCGAAACAUUAUUGAUAGUCUCUGGUAGAGAAACAACUCUAGUUAAGGAGGCUGUGAAGCGCAUUAGUCAGAAGAAUAGUAAGAUUGGUGCUAUUGUCAUUAGAGUUUAUAGGCCAUGGUCUGAAAAAUAUCUUUUGAAAUUACUACCCAAGACGACAAAACGCAUCGCGGUUUUAGAACAGGUUUCCUCGGAUGAUGAUCACCUAUGCGCGGGUCCCUCGUUAUUCAGUGAUGUCGCCGCCUCAUUAUCUGGUAUUUGGACUAAUUCAAGUGGUUCCUAUCCUGAACUAGUAGACGUCAAGUGUCCGGCCAAAAUAUUCGAUUUUCAUGUCAACUUGCUCAUCAAAAAACUAGAAACUGGUGGCGUUGUUAACUUCAAUGAAAUUUUAUCGAAUAACACUGUUGAUCAUCAACCAGUCUCAACUGGUGUGACACAAUGCAUCUUCUGGGAUGCCGAAUCUCAGGAAACCCUUCUGUCCAGUCAACAUAUCGCUCACAUAUUAGCUCACCAUACUCCAUUAUAC